AUGUGGAGCAGCAAUACAUCAGCAUCGUUGUCUGAUUACUGCCUACGGUGUAUCUGUGAGAAGACACGGGGCUGUUCUUGUUCCGGGGAUGGAGGAUGUGGACCAUUCAACAUUGAAGAAUCUUUCAUGUCCCCUAGAGCUGCAAUGAGUUACGGUGAAUGCAAGGCCGAUGUCGUGUGCAGUCGCAAUGCCUUCCAGGACUUCGUGGAUCAAUUCGAACUGCGAGAGAGUUCUCGGGGCAUCCCGAAGUGCGAGCUGGCGUCUCGGAUCCAAAGAGGAGGCGCCGUGGGUUCCAGCUCCGGGCAGCAGACUCCUUCUGGCUCUUGGUCCAAUCCUGCAUGA